AUGUCUGCAACUUCAGGUCCCACUCUUGAUCAAGUUCUCGAAAAACUUCGACAAUAUUUGGAAGGAAGAAGCAGUACAACAACAACAACUUCGACACCACACGAAAACGAAGAGGACGAGUGUCCAUUCACUUCUGAAGAACGAGAUCUCUUCAUUCAACACUAUUCCAAGUCGUUUUUGGAGAAAUGUCCUGCCUUCUCUUCUCACCAAUGUCCCUUUGUCAAGAUACAGAAUUAUUCUCAGCUUGAACAAAUUAUGCAUAAAAUUCCAAGACACAAGUUGACAGAGUGUCCUGUGAUGCAUCUUCCUCAUCCGAAUGCGCAUGGUCCUCUUGUGGAUCACGUGCAAAAAGAGCUCGAAAGUCAAAGUGUAAAGAAGCAAUAG